CCUUAAGAUUCUCAAUAUUAUUUCUUAUUUAUACUUCUCUACUAUUCUAUAUCUCUCUCAUUCCAUUCCAUUCCAUUCUUUCUCUCUUGUGAAGUCAGCUCUAGUUUUCUAUCAACAACAAUACAAUGGGUGAAGAACAGAAAGUUGAAGAACCAAAAGUAGAAGAAGUGAAACCAGAGGAAAAGAAAGAAGAAAAUGGGGAAGAGAAACCUCCUGCUGAAGAGAAAAAAGAUGAAGAACCUAAACCACCUCCUCCCUUUGUGUUGUACAUUGAUUUGCAUUGCGUUGGUUGUGCCAAAAAGAUUGAAAGAUCCCUUCUAAGAAUCCCAGGGGUUGUGGGGAUGGACAUAGAUAUGGAGAAGAACCAAGUGACCAUAAAAGGAGUGGUGGAACCACAGGCAGUUUGCGACAAAAUAGCUAGGAAGACAAAGAGAACUGCCAAAGUAUUGUCACCUCUUCCCACUGCUGAAGGUGAACCCAUUCCCCAAAUCGUCACCUCCGAGGUUCCCGAAUCGAUUAGAGUCGAGUUAAACGUCAAUAUGCACUGUGAAGCCUGUGCUCUACAACUCAAACGCAAGAUCCUUCGAAUGAAAGGGGUGAGAACAGUGGAGACAGAAGUGAGUUCAAGUAAGGUAAUGGUGACAGGGAGCAUGGACGGUGACAAGCUAGUGGAAUAUGUGUAUAGACGCACCAAAAAGCAAGCCAAGAUCGUACCACAGCCUGAGCCUGAGCCAGCACCGGCACCCGAACCGGCUGAGAAGCCAAAAGAAGAAGAAAAACCGGAAGAGAAACCCGCAGAAGAAGCAAAACCUGAAGAGAAACCGGCCGAAGAAGAGAAGAAAGAAGGCGGUGACGGUGGUGGUGAUGCUAAGGAGGAAGAGAAGAAAGAGAAAGGAGAAAAGAUGGAGGUUAUUGACAUGCAAAGGAUGAUGUAUUACCAUCAAUAUCCACCGUUGUAUGUGAUGGAAAGAAUUCCACCACCGCAACUAUUUUCCGACGAGAACCCAAAUGCAUGCACAAUCUGUUGAAUUAUAAUAUAUAAAUAUUGUUGAUAAUUCAGUCACAAAUAUUUUUGAAUGUGACAUGAAUACUACAUUGUUAAUUAUUUUAUUAAUAUAAGUAAUUACCAAUUGUUUCCUUUUUA